AUGUGGCCGCAUCUACGCGAUUUACCGUUAGCAGAUCCCGAUCCCUCUUGUAAUCGCCCGAUUCAUGUACUAAUCGGCGCGGAUUUAUAUGGGUCGUUGCUGCUUGACGGCCUCUGUCAAGACCCGGUCGGCACCCCGACGGGCCAGCUUACUGUUUUCGGAUGGAUCGUCUCCGGUCCUGCCGGCACCGCGCGCCCAGCCGAAGAGUUCGCUUUCGUUUUGAAUUGCGUAUCCUGCGAGGAUACGAAUUCCUUGAUCCAAAGUUUUUCGGAGGACGAAAGUAUCCCCUCUCAAAAUCCUCUCACCGAAGAGAAAGAACGUUGCGAAAAUCAUUUCGCUAGUACGCAUUCUCGCGAUUCUCAAGGACGUUACAUUGUUCGUUUGCCUUUCAAGAACGACCCCCCUCACAUAGGCGACACUUUUCGAAAGGCUUCUUUCUUGUACUCCAAAAUGGAGCGCCGCCUCUCGCAGAAACCCGAGAUCGCCGCUCAGUAUCACGAUUUCUUAAAGGAGUACGAAUCCAUGGGGCACAUGGAGGAGGUACACGACGACGAGCCCUCUCGAUACCCCCCGGUGUACAUUCCGCAUCAUUUCGUUUUACGCGAAUCGAGUACGACUACUAAGUUACGCGUCGUGUUUAACGCGUCGAGCAAAUCGGACGAUAAAACCACUCUCAAUGAUUUUCUAAUGGCGGGACCGAAGCUACAACAAGACAUCGCCGCAAUAAUUUUACGCUGGCGACUAUCCCGUUACGUAUACAUGGCGGACAUCGCGAAGAUGUUCCGUCAGAUAUGCAUGCAUCGGGACGACGCGGAUUUUCAACGAAUUCUUUGGCGCCCUCCCGAAAGUCUGUUGAUUCGACCUUAUCGCUUGCUCACCGUGACUUACGGCCAAAAGCCAUCGCCAUUUCUCGCGCAGCGCUGCCUUCUUCAAUUAGCUCGUGACGAAUGUAAAGAUUUUCCCGACGCGGUUUUUAUAAUUGAAGAAUCGACCUACGUCGAUGACGUUCUUUUCGGAGCAGACGACCUUCCGUCGCUGUUCGAAAAACGCAAGCAACUCGUCGGCAUAAUGAAUCGCGGAUGUUUUCCCUUCCGAAAAUGGGCCGCGAAUUCAGCCGAACUGUUGACGGAUAUCCCGGAGGACCAACGUGAAUCCUCGGACUAUCCGAUCAAUCGCGAUGACACGCUCAAGGUCCUCGGCCUGUCUUGA